UACAUAAUUAAGGCCCCAUGCAUAAUCUAAAAGGUUUCUUGUGGGUUGGCAAUUUUGAAAAAUGUUAUUAUGAUGACAGCCAUUCACCGCUUAAAACCAAUUGAAACAUCUUUCUAGCUUCGAUAAAACGACUGGUACCGCCGGCAAAAGCACCGUCUAAAAUAGUACACAGUCAAGCUCCUGAUCCAUCUCUGACGUGUUACUUUCCACCAAGUGAACCUUUCAAUCRUCAAAUGGCAACUGUAAAUUUCUCUAAUUGCUCAUGGAAUGCCACAAGGUCUGGCAAUUGUUCCCUUUUGUAUCCAAAUCUAGACAAUUGGCCUUUUCCCCAGUCUUUGGCCUCAAGAGUAGGGAAGAUGUGCGCUUAUAUUAUAGUGGCAGUACUGGCUCUUCUGGGAAACGGUUUUGUCAUAGUGAUCAUUUCCCGCAACAAGCACCUGAGGAAAGCGAUCAACUACUUCAUCCUAAACAUGGCCAUUUCAGACCUCGUCACCCCGCUGAUUAUAAUCCCCAUUCAACUAUAUCCCCUUACUGUUGAGCACAAAAAGGGAGUUCAAUUAGUAUGGCCUUUCGAUGGCGAUUUUGGGAGUUUCCUUUGUAAACUUUCCAUGUUUCUUGCAGACUCAUCUCCAGUGGUGUCCAUAAUGAGUCUCGUGUUCAUGACUGUUGAUAGAUUUUACGCCGUGGUUUUUCCACUCAAGGCACAGCGCGUCAGCCACAAGAUUCGCUUAACGUUUCUGACCAUCUCUUGGAUCGUGGGAUUUGGAUUUUUCUCACCGCAUUUCCAAGUUGUUCAUGUCGUCAARAUCGAAGAUCACUUCUACUGUCAACUUUCUUUUGCUCCUACAUUCAAUCAUACAAAAAGCAUGCACAUAUUUUUUACUACUGCUUGUGUUCUCUUCACAAUCAUUCCCUUUAUACUACUUACAGUUAUGUAUUCAGUAAUGCUUCUAAGCCUCAAGAAAGAGACUAUCGCUCACACGCGAAACGUUUCGUCGCGACGACAAAAGAAUAAUCGAAAGAUUGUCUUUAUGGCACUUGUUAUCGUGUUAGUCUUUGCAGUUUGCUGGGGCCCUUACAAUGGAUUCAUUUUCGUUAUUACGAUAGUCUGGAGAUGGAAACUACCCCGUAACCUAGCCGACAAAGAUCUUACAACCUUUAGUUUUGUUACUCAUUUUCUAACAUGCACAAAUGCAGCCCUUAACCCUUGUAUAUAUUUCAUAUUUAUCCAAAGUUAUCGCUCCGCGCUUAAGAAUCUCUUUUGCAAGGAGCCAAAAGAUAGUCCAAAAAGUAUUCUAAGUCUUAAUGACAGCAACCAAUGGCAGGGAAAAGUGACGAAAAGAUUGCUUACAACUGCAUCGAACACAAGGCCAAUUUCGGGCUUGAAAAAAAACUCAAUUGCAGGAAGUGAAAUGGGAAGUUUUGUUUAAAUUUAUGACUUGUAUCAACAGGCAAGUUUAAUCGUUUUCCAAGGACUAUAAUCAUGUAUUGCCCUGAAGGCAACRAGCAAAAUUGUAAGCGGAGCUCUAACUCAUCUUUGAUGCACCGACAAACACUAAACGUACCAUCGAAAAAAAUUUCAGUUAUCAACAAUUGAUGAACCGUAGUAAAAAGAUAAGAAAUUAAAUGGUUCCAGAUGUUUUAAAAUUAUAUUUUAAAAACUGCUUACAUGAUUGCUUUUUAGAGUUAACGGACUGAAUAAA